UGAAGGGAAGUAACUCCAAUCAAACCACCUUUCACCAACAUGGCAUCGGUCUGCAAAGUCGUCACUCGGCAACUGUCUACAUCAGUGGGACGCCAGGGUCCUGUUAAAUAUCUGACCGUUAUUGGCAGUGGUUUAAUGGGCUCAGGUAUUGCUCAGGUAGCAGCUGCAACUGGACACAAUGUCACGCUGGUGGACCAGACGGACGACAUCCUCAACAAGUCCAUGGGAAGCAUGAAGAAGAGUCUGGAGAGAGUUGCCAAGAAAAAGUAUGCAGACAACCCCAAGGACGGGGAAGAAUUCAUCUCAGGCGUAAUGGGCCGCAUCUCCACAAACACAGACUCCUCCAAGGCUGUGGAGAAGGCUGACCUCGUCAUCGAGGCCAUUGUGGAGAACCUCGGGGUCAAGAAACAACUGUUCUCAGCUCUGGAUAAAGCUGCACCACAACACACCAUCUUUACCAGCAACACCUCAUCCAUCCCCAUCACCGAUAUCGCUGCAUCAACGCAGAGGAGGGACCGGUUCGGAGGACUCCACUACUUCAACCCAGUUCCCAUGAUGAAGCUCCUGGAGGUUGUCAGGACAUCAGAGACAAAUGACGAGACAUUCAACUCAUUGAUGGAGUUUGGAAAGGCCAUGGGCAAGGUCACGGUACCUUGCAAGGACACAGCUGGAUUCAUUGUGAAUCGUCUCCUGGUGCCCUACAUGUUGGAAGCAGUUCGCCUCGUGGAGAGAGGUGAUGCGGCCCCAAGGGAUAUUGAUGUGGCCAUGAAGCUAGGAGCUGGCUAUCCCAUGGGACCUUUCGAGUUGAGCGACUAUGUUGGACUUGACACCAUGAAGUUUAUUUUAGAUGGUUGGCAUGAGAGGGAGCCUGACCAUCCGUUGUUCAAACCCAGCGCCCUUUUGAACAAGCUGGUGGGAGAGGGCAAACUGGGCAUGAAGACCGGGGAAGGCUUCUACAAACAUAAGAAGUAGACUGACUGGACCUGUCUGAAGAUGUUGGACAUAAUAUAAAACCUUCAUAGUAUACACUAUUGGACUAUGCAUCAUGUUGUCAUUGUCUUUGAUUCUGUUUGCUGAUCACUUCUGACAAUCAUUAUGAUGAUUACUGGUGUCAAUGGCGAGUGCUCCGUGACAUGGAGGGUUGUGUGAAUGAUUUAUCCAAUGUGGUUGUUUAUUCUGUCAGUGAGUUGCUGUUUUGUAUAUAGCAGUUUAGAUUUGAUAUUAAAAUCGGAAUAUACGCUA